AUGGUGUUUAAAGAUAGAACAUCAGAAUUUGGUAAUUUAGCAGAAACUUUAAGAAGGAAACAAGAACAAAAUGGAACAAUAUCACAUAAAGGGAAAAAACAACAUUCUCAAAAAUCACAAUUCUCAUAUGCAGCAGCGGAAAUAAGUAAAGGUGUUUUUGAAACCUCUGAGAAAUUAAUAAAAUUAACAAAUAUGGCAAAAAAUACAAAAUUAUUUAUGGAUUCAUCAGCACAAAUUGAAGAAUUAACAUUUAUUAUAAAACAAGAUAUUCAAAAAUUAAAUAAAGAUUUAUCAUCACUUGAUCAAUAUGUAAAAUCAUCAAGACAACCAAACAAACAAACUGGUGAUCAUUCAGAGACUAUAGUUGGAUUUUUAAAUUUAAAAUUAUCAAAUGCGACAAAAGAUUUUAAAGAUAUUUUAGAAGUUAGAACAGAGAGUUUAAAACAACAACAAGAGAAAAAAGAUAGUUUUUCAGGUUAUUCAAAUACAUUUUCAUCACCACCAGGUUCAUCACACGAACAUCCAUCAGGAAAUAAUAAUUCAGCAUUAUAUAAAUAUGAAAUGGAGGAUGAUGAUAAUUCAAAUGAACAUUCAAUUUUAAUGCCACAAGAAUUAAUGAUGCAUACAACAGAUUAUUCAUCAAGUCGUUUAAGAGCAGCAGAGAAUAUAUCAUCGACCAUUAAUCAAUUAGAAGGUAUUUUCACACAAUUAGCAAAUUUGGUAUCGAUGCAAGGUGAAGUCAUUGAAAGAAUUGAUUCAAAUAUGGAUGAUUCUUUAGCAAACAUUUCAAGAGGUCACGAUUCUUUAAUUCAAACACUUUUAAAUGUAUCUUCAAAUAGAAGUUUAAUUUUAAAAAUAUUUUUAGUUUUAAUUGUAUUUAUUGUAAUAUUUGUUGUUUUCUUUGCUUAA